GGUAAGCUGAAAAUAUCUUCACUAGUUUGGUCCCAACGUCUCAUGAGUACGGAAGGUCAACCAUAAUGGCUGACACACACUUCAAGCAGUUCUUCACCCUGGUUCUAGCCGUCUUGUUCCUGAUUCAAUGCUAUUCAGUCUUCAUGAAAUUUUGUCAAGGUCACCGAACAUUGUCCAUCGAGCAAAAGGCUCUUCCUGAUUUGAAAUUCCCUAGCGUCACCAUAUGUCCCAAGAUCUCUUCCAAUCAGACUUUUUCACCCGAGCAAAUCAGUCAAGCCAUCCAAUUCCAGCACUGGAUCCAUGACUUUGAUUGUGAGAAUGACACGGCCGAUAAUCAAAACUUGGAUGCGACCUUUACCUUUCAAGCCAUGCUUGAAAACAUGCCCAGAACGGAUUUUAUAUUAGAGGCGUAUGAUCCUUGCUAUGAAAACGGAAUCAUCAAUAUGCGGGAUGAUCAACACUUUAGGGAGGAGGACUAUAGCGAAAUCUGGACCUCAUAUGUCACACCUAGUAAAGAGUUGUCCACAAUGACCUUGACCAGGUGCUAUACCUACAAUUCCCCCAUAAACACAAAAUCUGGCCACGAGCUGCAUUUCACUUUAGAAGGAACCAACAUUGAGUGGUUCCAAGUCUUUCUCCAUGAUAAGGAACAGUUUUUUAUUUCCAACAAUAAACUGUACGGAUCCGAAACAUUUGCUAUACACUCCAAAAGCGAGCUCUCCGUAGAGUACGAAUUGGCGGUGAAGCGACGAAUUGCCAUGAAUGCGGAUCCCGUUCCUUGUCAUGACAACAAGCCCUAUCCCUUGUUCCACGAUUGCCUCGACGAUUAUUUGGAACGGGCUACAGGAUGUGCGCUUCCUUGGCGAACGGGUUCCAAUACCGGACUUGCCACUUGCCAAUCAUCGAUUCAGUUUCAAAAAUAUUGGGUUGAAGUCCAGGAACUGAUCGAAGUUGGAGAAUCCGUUUUGUACUCGAAAACGGGUUGUUACACCAAAUGCCAACGGCAUUAUUAUAAAGCUACCAAACAUGAAGCGAGUAAGGUCGAUGAUGAACAUGAAGAAGGGGAGUAUCAUGUCCACAUGAGUCUUUCGUACAAAGAGCCGGAAAUUGUGGUUGAGACCGAGAACCUCGCCUAUGACCUCAACGAUUUGAUCGGGGAUAUCGGAGGAUAUUUGGGUCUGCUCCUCGGAGCCAGUGUUUUGACCAUUUGGGACAUUUGCAGCAAGUUUUUGUCCCUUAUGUGUGGUAAAAAAGAAGGGGGAACAUUAAUCCAAUAUAAGAGAGAUGGUAAAUGAGUCAGAUCAUGAAUUCAAUAUGUAUUAGUAUGUCCUCCAUUUCUUAUGGAUUAAAACCUGGGUUCGAAACACCUUUGUACAAGUGAAUAAAUGCCUA